AUGGCCCUGUGCGUGUUUUUCGGGCUGAAGAACACUCCAUUGGGGAUCCUGUCCGGCCACUCCUACGAGCGCCUGAACUAUUUCCACCGACUUGCUGGGUAUGCCGCAGUUCUACAGCUGGUUCUUCAUGCUAUUUUCUACAUGAUAUACUAUGGCAACCAGAAUCGCUGGAGCACUCUGCUGGAGGACCAGAACUGGGAGGGCAUUGCGGCCGGCGUGGCCAUGAUUGUGCUACUUCUUGGCAUGGCCAGGAACCUGGGCUACGAGGCGUUCUACAUCAGCCACCUCCUGGGAUUCCUUCUGGCCAUCAUUUUCACAGCCCUCCACAGGCCCUACUGGAUCUGGAAGAUCCCUGUGGCAAUGCUCUUUGCCGGAGUAAUCUGGGCGCUUGAUCGCCUCAUUAGGGGGUCAAGGAUGCUGUACAACAUGGUGAACAACAGCGCCACCAUCUACCAGCUGCCCGACAACGGUGUGCGAAUGGUGAUCAAGAAGCCGCUGGCUGGGGCUGUCCCUGGAUCGCACUGCUUCGUGUGGAUCCCGAGCAUCCGAGCAUUCCAGACUCAUCCCUUCACGAUUGUGUCCAACACGAAGGCCGGCGGUUUGGAGUUGAUCUUGAAUUCUUACAGCGGCUUCACCAAGGCCGUCCAUGACCGCGCCCACCGUGAGAUUGGAACGUCAGUGUGGGCAUCAGUGGACGGCCCCUACGGAGCCAUUCCAGACCCUAAGAACUUUGAUAAGGUGAUCCUGAUUGCAGGUGGCACCGGGGCUACGUUCACCUUUGGCUUGGCGACGAGCUUGCUCCAGCACCUGGAGUCAAACUCGGGGACGCACGUAGACUUCAUCUGGGCGGCUAGAAAGAGAGAGAACUUGAACUGGUUUGCGGAUCACAUCCAGUUGUUGUGCCAGCACGGUCCCGGAAUGAACAUGAUGCUGCACGUCACCAGGGAGGGCUCGAAAGAGUCCCUAAGCGAUUCCUCAGCACCGAACCCUCUGGAGCACUCAGUUCUUGCGCCCCAACAAACAGUGAAUAGGGGGGCUGACAGCGUCUCAUCCGAGGAUCCCAUGCCGAGCGCUACGGAUACCAUGGGAGAAAAGACAGCUGCCAACGUCUCAGCAGAGCCUACCGAGAAACACAGGCGCUCGCAGGACCUCGACAGUCUAUGUGACAUCAAGUACGACAAGCUCGAGGCAGCAAAGGUUAUUGGUGAGACGUUGGAGGCGAUCGAGCCUGGUCGGCGGGUGCUCAUUGCGUCGUGUGGCCCUCAAUCUCUGACUGACCUUGUACGGACCACUGCCGCUCAACAUAUUGCCAGCGCGGAAAUUAGCAUAGAGGUUCACUGUGAAACUUUCGGCUGGUGA